AUGGCUGCCGCUCCUCCCAACACUAUUUACCCCGAGAGCCAUGUCGGUUUCGACAGCAUCACUUCUCAGAUUGAGAAGAAGCUCUUGAAGCGUGGUUUCCAGUUCAACGUCAUCUGCGUUGGCCAGACGGGUAUGGGCAAGUCGACGCUCAUCAACACCAUCUUCGCUUCUCACCUGAUCGACUCUAAGGGUCGCUUCCAACCCGACGAGCCUAUCCGCCAGACCACCGAGAUCCAGGCCGUUUCUCACAACAUUGAAGAGAACGGUGUCCGACUUCGACUCAACAUUGUCGAUACCCCCGGCUAUGGUGAUCUUGUCAACAAUGACCGCUGUUGGGACCCCAUCGUCAAGUACAUCAAGGAUCAGCACUCCGCGUACUUGCGCAAGGAGCUCACUGCACAGCGAGAGCGCUACAUCCAGGAUACACGUAUUCACUGCUGUCUCUUCUUCAUCCAGCCAUCAGGCCACUCUCUCAAGCCCAUCGAUAUUGUUGUCCUGAAGAAGCUUUCAGACGUCGUCAAUGUGGUGCCCGUCAUUGCCAAGGCCGACACCCUGACUGUUGAGGAGCGUCAGGAGUUCAAGGAGCGCAUCAAGGAGGAGUUUGCCUUCCACAACCUCAAGAUGUACCCCUACGACAACGAUGAGUUCGACGACGAGGAGCGUGCUUUGAACGGCCAGAUCAAGAACCUCGUUCCCUUCGCCGUUGUUGGAUCCGAAAAGUCGAUCAUCGUCAACGGUAAGCAGGUCCGCGGCCGUCAGAACAGAUGGGGUGUCAUCAACGUCGAGGACGAGACUCACUGUGAAUUCGUCUACCUACGAGACUUCCUCCUCCGAACCCACCUCCAGGACCUUAUCGAGACCACCUCUCAGAUCCAUUACGAGACCUUCCGUGCCAAGCAACUGCUUGCCCUCAAAGAAAGCAGCGCUCACGGUGGUGCUAGCAGCCGACCCAUCAGCCCUGCCGCCGACCGCGAGCUCAGCCGAAACUCGCAACGAAUGACGAUGAACGGCUACUAA